AUGCAAUUCUCCAUCGUCUCUUUAUUCGCUGCUUCUGCCUUAGCUGUUUCUACCCAAACUUCUUUCUCUACUGAAGUUGACACCAUCACUUCUUGUGCUUCCACUGUUACCAACUGUCCAGCCAAGAACGCUACUGGCUCUACUUCCAUCUACACUGAUGGUGCUGCUUUCGUUGGUGGUUCCUACUACGCUGCAGGUGCUGCAGUUUUGGCUGCCGGUGCUUUGUUAAUCUAA